CAGUUAAAAAUAACAGUGACCACCUGUGUAGCCCCAUCAAAACGCGCCCGUGAUGUAUUUAUAGUGAUUUGAACUUCGAAGGCGAGAUACCGGGACAGUCGCGAUAAUGGCCAACAUCCUGCCGGUGGACCUGUCAAGUGACGAUGACUGGGACGACGAAGAGAAUGGCUUCGAAAUGGUUACAAGCUCAGGUCACUCCAAUACGAAAACGAGAAAUAUGCAUUUUCAACAAGUAGAGCCCUCUGACGCUGAGUUGCUAAGGCUCGCGGCGAUAAGGGGUGAACUGGAGGGUGUUAAGGAUGUCCUGUCCAAAGGCAGCGUGAAAGUGGACGACUACCUGCAGGGAGACUGGACGGCCCUCAUGCACGCCGCGGCCAUGGGCCACUCCCACGUGGUGGAGCACUUGCUGGAACGCGGAGCCGACCCCAACUUAAGCAAAGACAGGUUCACCCCGCUGAUGGCGACGUGCGCCAGCCGCCACGACGGGGACGGCCUGGUGGCGUGCGCCCGGGCGCUGCUGCGGCGCGGCGCGAGGGCAGACGCGUGCGACCGGCACCGCCUCACGCCGCUCAUGUACGCCUGCAAGGAGGGCAGCGAGGAGCUGGCGAGGGAGCUGCUGCCCCGCUCCGACCUGGCGGCCCAGGACAACCAGGGCUGGACGGCACUAUUCUGGGCUGUGAAUCAAGGUCACGAAAAGAUAGUGCAGCUUCUGCUGGACCACGGGAUUCCCCAGCAUCUCAUGGACCGCCGAGGUCAGACGGCUGUCGACCUGGCUGUGCUGAAACAUUUCGAAAAAAUUUCUGCAAUGCUGGGUGCCGUGGAAGAUGAAAUAGAACCUGAAGAGAAGGAUUAUGAUCAGAACUUCAGGCAGUCUUUUCAAGAACUACUGCUUGAAAUAAAUGACAAUAGCUGCACGACGCUGAGGAAAGAAGUAGCGACCAUCCUGCACGGCCUCAGCCUCAAGGAGUUCGUGCCAGUGUUUGAGGAACACAGAGUGGACCUGCUCCAGUUCCUCACCAUGACGGACGACGGCCUGAAGGAGCUGGGCUUGGCUCCGCGCUACAGGAAGAGGAUCCUGGAGGCCGUCGAGCUGUACCACUUGAAGCCGUGGAAGAAGUCGAGCGUGCACAUCAAGCCACAGGACGAGCCAUUCAGCGUGCACGACGGGGUCAUCGCGCUGUGCGGCACGUUGCGCCACGUGGACCUGCUGCGCGCCGCCGUGGCGUACGCGAGGCAGAGGCUGGAGAGCAGCGGCUGCAGGCUGGACGGGGACAGCCAGCCCGCCAGCAACCUGCGCUACUACGCCGGCCACGCCCUGCACUACUCCGAGCUGCUGUACCGGGAGACGCUGCUGCUGUACCGCCAGGCGGUGGACAUCGAGAAGUACGACAAGAUAAUCCCUGCCGACCUGAUAGUGGAGAGGAAGCGGCCUGCCAAGUCAAGGAAGCUGUCCACUGUGGUGAUGGGUGUCGUGAUCGUCGUAAUGGUCUGGUUCCACAUUCGCUGAGCCAGAUGAUCCGUAGGGGACACAUCGUGUAUUGUGCAUGCAUUCCUGAGACUGUUUGGAAACAACCAAAAUUAUUGCAUUUGUUAAUCUAAACUUCAUUAGUUAUUCCUGAGGCUUGAAACCAAGGAAAUCCGUUACCUAAAUCUCCCAAGAGAUGCACGUGCUCAUUUUAAUGCAAUGGCCAAAUCACCAUGCCAUGAAAGUAAGAUUAGCAUAUUGCUGAGUUCUUUAGUCUAUUUAUUUUGAAUUUGUUAAAUAAGUUUGUUCUUUUUAUACAACUGUAUAUAUGAAUUUGGCAACUAUUAAGAAGCUAUUGUAUCAAACUUUAAAUAAAUCACUUAGUUGUGCUUAGGUA